AGUCCAGAGCGGAAGCAGAGCGACGCCACUCUGCUCGACCCCUCUUCCCCUUCCGUGCGCCAUGUCCCGCCUCGACGCCGCCUCCCUCCUCCUAUCUCCCUCUCCGCCGCAACCGCCGCCCAAACGGAAGGGCGGGCGCCGGCUCCUCUGCUUCGUCUCCUCCACCCUCGCCGUCCUCGGCGCCUCCCUUUCGCUGCUCGUACUCGCCGUCCACUCCGCGCCGAGCCCGCCGCCGAACUACGGAAGCCUGUUCCUCUCCCUCGCCUCCAACGACACCGCGGCGAUCCACCUCCGCGCGCUCACGCUUCACCCGCACGUCGCGGGCACCAGGGCCAACUCCCUCGCCGCCGCCUACGUGCGUGAUGCGUUCUCGUCCCUCUCCAUCCCGUCGCGCGUCACGCCGUACUCCGUCCUUCUCUCCUACCCGGUCGAGCGCUCCCUCUCCCUCACCGUCCCCGGCCGCGCCACCACCAAGAGCUUCUCCCUGUCGCAGGAGACGUACCCGAACGACCCCUACGCGUCCGCCACGGCGGAGGUGAUACCGACGUUCUACGCCUACUCCGCCUCUGGGUCGGUGUCGGCCGAGGCCGUGUACGCCAACUACGGCCGCGAGGAGGACUUCGCCUACCUCACCUCCCGCGGCGUCGACGUCGCGGGAAAGGUGGCGCUCGCGCGGUACGGGAGGAUCCACUGCGAGGACAUCGUGCGCAACGCGCGCGUGGCGGGUGCCGCGGCCGCGGUGGUGUACACCGACCCUCUGCAGUACGGCGGCGCCCCCGGGGAGGCGUGGUUCCCCAACUCGCGAUGGCUGCCGCCGUCCGGCGUGCAGGUAGGCAGCCUGUUCCUGGGCGUGGGCGACCCGACGACGCCGAUGUGGGCGUCGUCCGAGGGGUGCGAGCGCGUGAGCGUGGAGGAGGCAAUGGCCACCGACGACAUGCCGGGGAUCCCGGCGCUGCCGGUGUCCGCGCGUGACGCCGCAGAGAUCCACGGCGCGCUGGGUGGCGAUGCUGCGCCGGUGGACUGGCAGGGCCGGGAGGGGAGCCCGGUGUACCGCCUCGGCCCUGGGCCGGCGAUCCUGAACCUAACGUAUACCGGGAAUGAUACAAUGGCCACCAUAGAGAAUGUCUUCGCGGUGAUCGAAGGUGCAGAGGAGCCGGACAGAUAUGUUAUCCUUGGUAACCAUCGUGAUGCCUGGACAUUUGGAGCAUCAGACCCAAACAGCGGAACAGCAUCUAUGAUCGAGCUAGCUCAAAGGCUUUCGGUGCUGCAAAAGCAAGGAUGGAGACCUAGAAGAACCAUAAUCUUCUGCAGCUGGGAUGCUGAAGAGUAUGGACUGACAGGAUCUACAGAAUGGGUUGAAGAAAACAUGGAGAUGCUUUCCUCAAGAGCUGUUGCUUAUCUUAAUGUUGACGUUUCAGUAGUUGGCCCCGUAUUUCGUCCUUCUGCAACUCCCCAACUUGACGAGCUAUUUCAGGAAACAAUGAAAUUGGUUCAAGAUCCUGACAACUCAUCUCAGACUGUAUAUGAUUCAUGGGUCAAGUCCAAUAUUUCUCCCAUGAUUCGACGGCUAGGCCAUGCAGGAUCAGAUUUUGCAGCUUUUGUUCAACAUGUCGGUAUUCCUUCAACGACCAUGGGUUUUGGAGAAGGACCAGGCUAUCCCGUAUAUCAUACUUUAUACGACGACUUCGUGUGGAUGGAGAAUUUCGGAGAUCCUGGGUUCCGUAGGCACGCUGCAGCUGCUAGCAUCUGGGGAAUGAUGGCUUUGAGCCUUGCGGACGAAGAGAUCCUGCCCUUCAACUAUAUGUCGUACACAAUUGAACUUGAGGCAUACACAAAGUUAGUAGAGAAUGAAGUUAGGGGCACAGCUAUCAGUUGCUCUCCAUUGCACAAUGCAAUCAGAGCUCUGAAAACGGCAGCUACUAAAGUAAAUGGCGAGAGGAAGGAACUUCAAAGGCAACUGUUAAGCAACCAGCUGAUCAAGGAUUCACUGAAAACACGGUCGCUCAAUGACCGGCUUAUGCAGGCAGAACGGGCAUUCACUAGCAGGGAAGGCCUCUUCAAGCAAGAAUGGUUCAAGCACCUGGUGUAUGGACCCUCAGAACAGAAUGACUGGGAAAGCGCAUCUUUUCCUGGUGUAGGCAAUGCCAUAGCUAGCGCGAGGAGGGACAACACCACGGAAUCAUGGAAGUUUGUACAGCAUGAGAUUUACAGAGUCGCAAGGGCAAUAACACAAGCUUCUGUUGUACUUACCGGCAACCUGACAUGACGCCAUUGGGCCCAAUAGCGUGCACAUUGUUUCAGCAAUGACAGAAAACGCAACAGGCCAAAGAGCAUUUGACUCGCAUGGAUAGUCAUAUUUUGCUGGCUAUUGAUCUUAUUAACGAUUGUAUAUCUGAUCUACGAGGGAAAGAUUGAAGAUAUAUUAUACACAAUUCAUGGUGAUCGGUUCAAAUACCAAGUUAGAAUGUUACUUGUACAGAUGCUUGUGUAGAUUUAUACACAUAGCUAUGUAACUUUUGUGUAUAGAUAUAGGAAUACUGCUUGAUUCUUCAUUGUGUUCGCAGAGAAAAAUGCUUACGAGAAUAACAUGCAGACAUGCUGGCAAUGGGGAGUGAGGAUGAAAACGUAACGGUAAUUACCG